AACCCAAACUAGUAUCAGUGUUAAAUUCAGUCAACAUCCAACGCAUCUCGCAAAAAGAAGUCCGUGAAGAUGGUUAACACGUUCUCGGUGGUCGUGAUCUUGACCUUGUUCGCAUUUUCGAUCCAAGCUGCUCCGACGGGCAGAGAAGCCGACUCCCAGCUGAAAGUAGUUACUGAAUCAAACAAAUAUGCAACAGAUGAGUUCGACUGGAGCUACCAAUUGAGCGAUGGUCGAGAAGUGCGAUCAAAUGCAUAUAAGAAGACCUUGGCUGAUGGCCGUGAGGUUUUGGUGAUCAACGGGCUGUACAGCUAUGUGGCGCCCAAUGGGGUGAAGUAUACUGUAUCCUACUACUCGGACGAAAAUGGUUAUCAUCCAACUGUGAUUGGUAGGUUGUGA